AUGUCCCAGCACCGGCAACAGACUAAUCGUCCACCACGAGACGACGAUGCAUAUCCAUAUCAGCAACUCACGGUCUUGGCGCUAUGCCGCCUCGCCGAGCCCAUCGCCUUCUGCUCCAUCACUGCCUACACCUUCGUGAUGGUCGUCGACAUUAAAGGCGAAGAAAAUGCCUCGUUCUACGCUGGCCUCUUGAUCUCGGCCUUUGCUAUGGCUGAGGCCUGCACGGCCAUGGUCUGGGGACACAUCUCCGACCGCUACGGCAGGAAACCGAUCGUGCUUCUGGGACUUGCGGGAGUGGCUUUGUCGAGUCUGAUCUUUGGGUUUGCCAAGAGCUACUGGGUUGCUCUGCUGGCGAGAGUCGUCGGCGGGCUCUUGAACGGGAACGUGGCUGUCAUGCAAACUAUGGUGGCGGAAAUGGUGAAGAGACCCGAGCACGAGCCCACCGCAUAUGCCGUUCAGCCCUUCGUGUGGAGUCUCGGAUCAAUUGCUGGAGCAGCUCUGGGAGGCUUCACGGCGCAACCCGCCCGAUUCUAUCCUCACCUCUUCUCCCCCGACGGAAUUUUCGGCGAGUAUCCCUACCUCUUACCAAACCUGGUUGCCGUGGCGAUCAUUGUCGUCGCCAUCAUCCAGGGCUGCAUUUUCCUCGAAGAAACGAAUCCAGUGUCACGAUCAUCAGGCACACUAUCUACAACCAGCAGUUCGGACACGGUCAAUGAGACGACACCCCUGUGGCAACGACAGAGAAGGGAAUCGGCGCUCAGUGCAUUUUCGACAGGACCCGGCGGACUCGCUUACGUCGCGGAAUCCAUGCCCGUCACCAUCGAUCCAGCCUUUGACCUUCGGCGGCCUUCUGUGGCGUCCAUCGGCUCACUCCAGUCGCUGGUGAAGGUCGGGCCACAAGUCGAAGCCGUCUUUGAGGACGAAGACGACGAACAAACCAUCAAGCCAGACCAAAUCAAGGCCUUCACCAAGCCCGUGAUCAUGUGGACCGUGGCUCUCGUGGUGAUGUCGUAUCACUCGAUGGCCUUUGGGUCUGUUCUUCCUAUCUACCUCCUCGACGACCCGCAACGACCUCCCCGCGAACUUGACUUGAAGGGAGGGCUCGGCAUGACGCUGCACGAAGUCGGAACAUACCUCGCCGCUAGUAGCAUCAUGUCCUUGUUUUUCCAAGCUGUCGUCUUCCCCAUUUUUGUGGCAAAACUGGGUGUCUGGAAGGCCGUCCUGUCCGUCACGCUGCUGAGCCCGUUCAUCCACACCGUGGUGCCGUUCGUCUCUCUUCUCCCGAAACCCGGGGCCGGGAUCUACGCUGUGCUAGCGGUGCAGAGCUUCACGGGCGUCAUCUCUUUCCCGACCUUUUUGAUCCUGUUGAAGAACGCUACGCCGUCACCGCUGGUGCUGGGCAAGGUGAACGGGUUGGCCAUGUCGGCCUGCUCGGCCGCCAGAACGGUGGGGCCCCCGCUCGUCGGGAUCUUCUACAGCAGUCUGGGUUCGGCGGGGGCGUGGUGGAGCUGUGCCGUCGUCGCCAUCAUCGGCGUCGUCCAGUUUUACUUUUCGCCCCGGCCCCGGGAUGACGACGAGACGAUAUUGCGGCGAGCGUCGACGGCGGCUGUUGACGUUCCGCCUAUGGCUGAUCUGGCGCGGAGCCGGGAAGAGUAA